GCCCAUCCAGUGAAAUCCAAUUACAGGACUGUGGAUGAAACCAAUCUUACACCAAUCCAAGUUGCUGUCUCAUGUAUGCAGUGGAGGCUUCAGGAGCCCAGCCUAUGGUCUGUCGGAGGACCCCUUACACAUUACCAUCAUCGGACCAUAACAUCACACAACUAAUAGCAAGGUUGAACAGCGGCAGCCCUGGCCUUUGCAAGGGGCAGGAAUGAGCAGAAAGCUCACGUCCAGCACAAGCACCCAAUAGGACAUCUGUACGCCUUCUCGCUCCUCGAUAGGGCAAUGCUCAAUGUGACAAAUGCUUUCACUGCAUAUUGUUCAUUGGUCACCAUGGCCUUGAUUCCAUGCAGGCUAUGUGGUUUGGUUCUCCUUGGGGUGUACUGCUGCGUUGCGAUCUGUCACCAUCAGCUCCCUAGGAAACUCAAACGGACCCGCUCGAAAUUGACACCGGAUUGCUUUCAGAUGAAAAGGAGCGCAUCAAUUUUUCAUCACAUGGGCUGGCCCCUCCGCACUGCGGCAUUUGAUGAUUCUCUCCAUGAGUUGAUGCUCGGUAUUUCAAGUUAAACUUUUCGGAGACCCCGAGAUUACAGGCUGCUUUAAUUCA